AUGAAGUGUUCGAAUUUAUACUUUCCCCAACUACUAUUUCAAAUCAAGGUUCGCACAUCUGAUGGGAAACGCCGCAUCCAACCGAUUUUCCUAGGAUCGACUGUCGAUGAUGAACCGGCUCCGGCGCCUCCCCCACCACCUGUGCAGGCGAAGGCUCAAGCUUCGAAUCAAGCCGACGAACCAAUGCCGUCGGAUUCUGAUGACGCUGGCACACGGGAUAAGUCACCUUCAAAAUCACUGGCUCGACUGGCGUCGACUGACGACUCGAUGGUGGAAAGCACGGAUGAUGAUGUGGAUUCAUCGGAUGUUGAUGCUGGAGCGAAAGCAGACAAAGAAGCAGCUAACCUGGAAGAGCUAAGCAAGAGGACGAAAAUGAUGAUGGCAGAUUUCAAGAAACCCAUUCUUCGUCCGGUGGAUUCUAUACGAAUCGAUGUGACGCAAGCAAAUGCUGUUUUGGAAGUACCAGAACAACGAGCGACAAUCAGUGAAGGAGUACAGGGGGUUAGUUUGGUA